CCUAUCACCCGCUUUCGUUUUUUGUCAAAACACUCAAAAGUUUCUCCGUUCUUGUUUUGAUUUUAUUUGUAAACCGGAGAAAGUGUAACUGUUUUUUCGAUUGUAUUCAUUUAUUUGCAUUUGAAUGUUUUUCUCUCUCUAGAUUCUACAUCACAUUGAUCACCAAUGAAUCGCUCCAUUCUGUUUUUGUGUCCGCAAUUUCCAUGGCUGUAUCCAUCCAAAUCAGCGUUACCAGCGUAUUCGCGGUGUGAUCCACACUCAUCUACUUAUCUGUUCAGACUGCUAUCCCGUGGUCUUUUCAAAAGCACAUCUCUUCACAACCUGGCCUUGGUUUCGAAGGGACUUACUUCCCAGCUCCAGCUUGGAACUAGGAGUCGACCGAUUCUGGAAAGGUGCUUAUUUCCGACUAUCGAAGGUAAAUCUGUGGCAGCGCGUGGCGUGGCUAGUUUCCCAACGGAAUUUCCUAUCGGUUUCGCAGAGGAAGUCCAGCAGUUCGCCUUCCAUCUGGCUGAAUUGUGUCAGUUGCAAGCAGGAGGAGACGAAGCGACUGCCGUGAGUUUCAAGGACAAAGACCUGCUGGAAAAUGUCAUCACUGGGUUGAAAAAAGGAAAUUAUGAAGGGAUUAGGGUCGGAAUGAGCCAUCUAGAAGAGAUGUUGGAUGCUUUGACGAUGGAACUGCGGCUGCACUUCGGGAUAGCCUGUCUGGAAGGGCUGCAAAAGCAACGCUCGCGUCUUCAAGUCGUAUGUUCAACAUUAGCAGCACCUGGAGACAUGUCUGACAAAUCCAGGAAGGAAUUAAAUGCCUUUCGCAGUCAAAAUUUACGGGCGGCGCGGGAUAUUGGACAGUGUUUACUCCGAAUUCUCCAGAACUGCAUGCCAGAGCCUUGUUUGAAGGACUUUCACCACCUUACGCUUCCGUGGGCGCAAAUUGGAUUUCAGGCAUUUUUGGCUGUUACUUUCGAUAAGGACGCUGCCGCCUUACUAACUGCCCUGGAUAAAGUGAUAACCUCAGCUCGGAUGCUCUUAUCUGCGCUGGAUGCGAGCUUUGCAAAAACAGAAGCGUCCUCGCUGUUGGUACAAGCGCUACACGAAGUUAUAGUAUUGACGGAAUCAGAGGUUUUCGACACCGAUGUUACUUUUUCGGUUGGAGAGUGCGAUGCCUACACUGAUGCCGAUUUUUCCGCUCUGUUCGACUAUCAUCCUCCCUGCCGAACGUUUGUGCAUUGUAACUGGAUAUAUGCUAUUGCAUUAACAAGUACCCCGCAUUCAAGAGCAGCUUUCGGAUUAUUGGGCGAACUUAUGCGGAAAUUGUAUGUACAAGGAGAAGUGUUUGAACAAGAGGGCGAAAGACUGGAGGAAAUUGUGGAUCGUUUUGGUUGCGGUAGAUAUUACCACAAAAAGAGCCGAAUUAAAGUUGGUCCGGUUUGAAGAUCGAAAUAAGCCGAAACCUCCGGUGAUUGUCGUCGAAGCCUCCUUUAGUAAUGAAGAUUUAAUUGAACUCUUUAUUGAGGGCUGUGACUGGUUAGGACCAACAACAGGCGCCAUAUAUUGCUUUCUUGUGGAUAUACAUUACGAAGGACUGAAGAAACCGAAACCCUUUUCUGCAACAUUCUACGCUUUUAAGCGUAAAGAAUUCCCUCGAUCGAAAACUCCGCACAGGAAUCCUGGUUGUAGAAUGGCCAAAGAUGGCAUCGCAGAUGGGAAAGGAAGUAUAAAAUACCACGUCAUAAAUGACAUUCCGUACACAAAUGACCAUGCGAAAACAAUGUCGUUGGCCGACAUCGAGCGAAUAUUCGAUGUAGAGGUGGUAUUAAUUCGGCAUGUGGAUGAGAGGAAUUAUAUAUGGAACCGUUUAGCGUCACACUUGAGUACAAGGAUAAGGACGGAAACAGGAAGCGGUUUGUGGUUGCGAUAGAAAAUUUUUUCGAUUGGGUUAAGUCCGGAUGGGACCAGCAUUUUGCAGAUGCCGGAAAGAAAUGAGGGCAAGUUAUCGUGGUUGAUUAGAUCUGGUCUGUAACCGUCUGUUCAUAACGUUCCGGCAUGUUCUAGCGCUUUAAUGGCUUCCUUUGGUGCUGGUUAUUCAAGGCAUUUUGAUUUUUUAUUUAGUCCUCUUUGUAUUGCAAAUGCCGCUCUCGAAGUUUGUGUUAAUACAAUAAAACAAGAUAUCUCGUGCUCGUUUUGAUCUUUCGGCCCAUUUUAGAUACGAUUGCACAUCUUCAAGAUUGUGCGUGCAGCUCCUUAGGAACUUGCAUGUGCAGGUAUUCGCGUUUCUUCUAG